GCUCCUGUUCCAAAGAGUGCACUUAUUCCUGUAAUUCCCAUCACCAAAUCAACAGGCUCUAGGUUCCGGAAUAGUGUGGAAGGAUUGAAUCAAGAGAUUGAAAUAAUAAUUAAAGAGACUGGGGAAAAAGAAGAGCAACUCAUACCACAAGAUAUUCCAGACGGCCAUCGUGCUCCACCCCCGCUCGCACAGAGAAGUAGCAGCACGCGCAGCAUCGACACGCAGACCCCUGGUGGGGCAGACAGGGGAAGCAACAACAGCAGCCGCUCCCAGUCUGUAUCCCCCACAUCGUUCCUCACCAUUUCCCACGAAGGCAGCGAGGAGAGUCCUUGUUCAGCUGAUGACCUGCUGGCUGACCCCAGAGACAAAGAGAAUGGAAAUAAUUCUCCUUUGCCCAAAUAUGCAACCUCACCAAAGCCUAACAACAGUUAUAUGUUCAAAAGGGAACCUCCUGAGGGCUGUGAAAGGGUCAAAGUCUUUGAGGAAUGCUCGCCAAAACAGCUUCACGAAAUCCCAGCCUUUUACUGUCCUGACAAAAACAAGGUGAAUUUUAUUCCUAAAAGCGGCUCUGCUUUCUGCCUCGUGAGCAUCCUCAAGCCGCUCCUUCCCACCCCAGAUCUUACCCUCAAGGGCUCUGGCCACAGCCUGACAGUCACCACCGGCAUGACAACCACUCUGCUACAGCCCAUUGCUGUGGCCUCUCUGUCGACAAAUACGGAGCAAGACCGAGUGUCCCGAGGAACGAGUACAGUCAUGUCAUCAGCUUCUCUGCUCCCACCACCAGAAUCCAUCGAGGAAGCUGAAGGUUAGGUUCCAUGCUGCGUGGCUGUUGUUCUAGGAAAUUGGGAACCUCCUCCGAUCACUUGACUACGAUGGCAUCAUGCGUUCCCAGUUGGCUAUGAUGUGCUCUAGUUGUCCAGUGACAUGACACGGAGGCUUCUGGAAGAAGGCAGCCCCUGUGACGGCUCUGCCCCACUCAUGAAGGCCGACCGUCAGUGCUUAGCCUGCUUUUUCCGUAAAGCACUGAUUGAAACAAGAAAGAUCUCGUUCAUUACUUUUAGAGGAACAAUAUCACGUUUUUUGCUUUCCAAUUAGACUUCUUUAAACACACACACACACACACACACACACACACACACACAAUCUGAUCCUUGCAAACAUGAUUCCUGAAGGGAGACGUGAAUGAUGCUGCAAGAACCAUCUUUUAUAUGAAAACGACUAUUUUAUAAUACCAAUGUUACAUUUUCUGAAACAUAGCAAACAGGAUGUUCAAAAGAUUCUUUGGUGGCCUCUGUUUCUUGUUCCCUUUCUAGAUGUGUGCUUUUCUCAGCUGUUUUCAGCUUUGGGACCAAAGGGAUUAUUGACAUAUUCCAAGCAAUCUUAAUCUCAUGACUGUGUUCUCCCAAACAAGGAUUAAUAGGUAAAUGCAUUGAACAAGAAUAUAUAAAAAAAGAUACAGAGCAAUAUUCGUACAUUAUGUG